AGUAUACUGCUUGUGGUUAAAGGUUAUGAUUUGUAAGUUCUGUUGACAAAUUUGGAGGGACUACGAGAGGCUUUAUAGGUUAUGUUUUGUCAGUUCUGCUGACAAAUUUGGAGGGAUUGCGAGAGUGCACAAAUAAAAAUUGUGAAAAUUAGAAGUGUGUUACUACAUUCUCAUAAAGGCAGAUAUCUAUUAAGAAUAAAGGAAGAGUUGGAGGAGAAAUACACGAUACGUAUUUCAAGAAAUGAUACGUAAUAUGCUUGAAUGCAAAACUGAAUUAACGAGCAGUUCAACUUGGAAAACGUCCAAAUUGUACACUCCAACCGCUUGAGACGUAAACUAACUCAACUUUGCAGCAUGAUAGAUUGACAUUUUACUUACUAAGAAAUAAAAUAUUCCAUAAGCUAAGGAGAAAAACUAGAAUAACUAAAAGAAUAACUAGGAAGUAUGGCGAAUGAACAAGAGCAAAAAAUGAAUGCAGAAUUCCUACCAUGUAGUUUUAAAUUUCACAACUUUAGUGCAAGAGUCAGUGAUGUGACUGUCAAUUGUAAAAUCAUAAAAAUGGAGAACUGCUUGUACUUGUGGAUAGGAGAUUGCAAUAAUCCAACUAUGGAAGAUCUGUCUUUUGCCCUAGCAUCAAACUUUCAAAGACAACCGAUUGCUACAAAGAUCAUGGGUGCUGUAGCAGACGCCACAUCCACAAACAUGGCUAAAAGAUUAAGUAUGAAGCUUGGAAGGCCUGUGUAUGUCAGUUUUAAUAUAACAGCAGACAAUAUAACAUUACCAGGAAUCGAAAGGAAGAUCCAAGAGGAGUUUAAGACACAUGCAGAUUUAUUAAGUUCUUAAUAAAAUCCUAAUAACAGAUAAA